AUGCCCCCACGAAAGCAGUCCCAACAAGCAAGACGAACGUCGAAGAAAAAGGCAAGUCGCGACAUCGCGACCCAACUUGGCCUUCCUGAGGAUCGACCAGAAACUCCCGGUGGCCUCUGCCAUUUGUCUGCCACAUCAAUGGCUACAGGCGCUCUCCCAACCCACUACUUCCCUCAGCAACACGACAAUUACGCUCCCCAGCCCGACGAUUACGCUCCCCAACACGAUAUCUACGCUCAUCAACACGAUCCCAACCCUCCCCAACACGAUCCCUACCCUUACGCUCCCCAACACGAUCCAUACACUCCCCAACACGAUCUAAACCCUCCUCAACACGAUCCCUACCCUUACACUCCCCAACACGAUCCAUACGCUCCCCAACACGAUCUAAACCCUCCUCAACAUGAUCCCUACCCUUACGCUCCCCAACACGAUCACUACGCUCCCCAAGACAAUCCCAACCCUCCCCAAGACAAUCCUUACCAUCCCCAACACGAUCCCAACCCUCCCCAACACGAUCCUUACCAUCCCCAACACGAUCCUUACCAUCCCCACCCCAAUCCUUACCCCUACCAACCCCAAUCCUUACCCCUACCAACCCCAAUCCUUACCCCUACCAACCCCACUUCGACGACGAACCUCGCCACCACGAAUUGUUUCCCGCCAACACCAGCGCCAGCACCGGCACCGGCACCAGCACCAGCACCAGCAACAGCGUCGGCACCAGCACCAGUGCCGGUGGUGGUCAGUGUAAUUGUGCCUCGCGAGCGGGAGACAGAACACGGUGAAUUCAACCGUGGCGUGAUACACACACUACAGACAGAGCGCUCAGUGGGGCGAUCGCAUGCCAUCGAACGACAUCUGCCUCCUACGCCAAUGCUCGGACCAGCGCCUGGACCAGCGCCAGAACAGGCAACACCACCCGCCGCUCCUGCAGCCGCUUCCCUGCUCAAACUCAAGAAGAAGGAUAUACGGGCCAUCAAGACCAAGGCGAAGACACUCCUCCAUCGCAUCAUGCUGCGCACAGAGGGUGUUUUGCCAACGCGGAAACAGCGAAACAGGCACAUCUCAAAUGCCUUGCGGGACGCGAGGAUCGACCUGUUCGGAGAUGUUCCGUACGAAACAUUCGAGACUGCGAAAAUACAGGAGGAGAUGGUCACGUCCAUGUCGGCCACGCAAAGACUCUUUAAAACGUACACAUCUCAUAACAUCCAAACUGCCCUCAAUCUGCGUGUCCCGCCCGCUGAAAGGUCCAACAUCGUCAAAGGCUACCUAUCCGGACUCCAUUUUCUACAUAAAACGGAAACUGUUGAUGGCGUCGAAUUCACGCGUCUUUUGGAGGCCGACUACUUCGUUGACAUGAUUGUCGACAUCAUUUGGAAGGAGGGCCUCUACGACAAUAUCGACGAGGAGAACCUUGAUUGCGUCUUCGGCCUGGCAGGGGCUGCGGUCCAUAACACCCUCAAAGCUUAUCGCGAGGGCACGUACGAAAAUGUUGAUGCAUCGGCCAAGCAAUUUUAUGACACGUACAGCGCGAUCAUGGCGUUGAUUAACGACUUAAAGCUGGAUGAUGCGUUGAGGGAAAGAGAGUCUAGUCCUGACUACCAAGGCAGGAAAGGGCGUCUACGUACCACUGGUCCUGUUUCGAAGCAGGAUUCAGCCAUUCACUCUAGGACUCCGAGUCGUCAUAUUUUACAAACGAAACCUAUCAAGCCUCCAAGAUCACCACCGUCAUCUGACACUCCGUAUGAAUCAUCAGAUGAUGAUAUAAUCGGACCAAUUACCCCUCCUCCCAUACUCCGUGAUUUGUCCAGCUAUGCAAAGCGCAUAAGACAAAGAGUCAAGCCCUACCACAGAGGUCCCAACAUAAUAGACCGCCUCUGUGGUGAGGAGUGUGUGGGGUGCGGUAUCUCCAAGGAUUUAUCGGAUGUUCAAAGGGACAAAACUAGGUUGCAUCGUAAAAUGCAGCGCCUGAGUCCUGAGGCUCUCGCUCAAGCUGUGAUCGCGGUUCAAGCCAAUGUUGAAUGGAGGCGCGUGCGUGCCAUCGCGGCAGCUUUGCGCAUCGAUGCGGUUCAUCAACAUUCUAAGUUUCUUGACAUAACCGUUCAGAGUGAAACCGAAACAUAUGUCAAUGCUGCCUCAGAACCACUCAACACCGCAAUAGAGGCGCUCUCUAGCUGCACUACCAAUGAGCUUGUCGAUCGCAAGAACUGCAGUAUUGCUGCGUACGAAGAUGAUGCGAUGUCAUUCGCCACUGCUGAUACAGAGUUUGAUGAAGUUCAGAAUUUUGCAUUGCCUCUUCUGCGAUCAGAUGAUAGCACCACCAGUUCGGACGAAUUGGUAUAA